AUGAUCAUUGGUCAACAGUCUUCUGAGCAACUAGAAGUCAUCCCAGUUACAGGUAUGGGAGGCAUCGUGAAGACUACGCUAGAAAAAAAGGUGUAUGACGAUCCCGAUAUUAUGUCAAAGUUUUACAUUCGGGCAUGGGCAGUUGUGUCUCAAGAACCUGAUGUGAAGCGGAUACUCAUUAGCCUUUUAGCUUGUAUUGUACCAACCACCAAUGAACUCUACAGCAAAGAACAUGAUGACAUAUGGAGCAGUUCGGCCUGGGAUGCAAUCAGACAAUGUUUUCCAGAUAAUUUCAGCAGAAGCCGAAUCCUGAUGACCACACGGGAGAAAGAGGUGGCCGAAUAUGCUAGCUCAAGUAAGUCUAUUCAUACCAAGUGUCUUCUAACCCCAAAGGAAAGUUGGGAUUUAUUUGUGACAAAGGUAUUUGAAGGGAAACAUGUUCACAUCCCCGAAUUAGAGGCUAUAGGGGAAUAUAUUGUUAUGAAAUGUCAGGGAUUGCCACUGGCCAUUGUUGUCAUGGCUGGACUUCUACGUGCACUCGACAAGUCAGUAGAAGCAUGGGGUGAUGUUGUAAAGAAUAUGAAUUCUUUGGAUGAGUGUUUAGGACUGCUUUCUUUGAGUUACAACUACUUGCCUAGUCACUUGAAGGCUUGUUUCCUCUAUUUCGGAGUUUUUCCAGAAGAUAGGGACAUUCUUGCGACCAAAUUGAUCAACUUGUGGGUUGCAGAGGGAUUUUUAAAGAAUGAGAAAGAGAUGACUGAGAGUUUGGAAGAAGUGGCAGAGAGUUACUUGCACAAUCUUAUCAAUCGAAAUCUAGUGCAAAUCAGCAAGCAAAGUUUUGAUGGCAAAAUCAAGUCAUGUAAGCUUCAUGAUAUGUUGCAUGACAUAUCUGUGAAAGAAGCUAGAAGGGGGAAACUUCUAAGCGUAAGAAAACAAUCCCAAUCAGCAGAGAGUUGUCGUUGGAUUAGUUGUAAAUCAACUAAUUGGCCUACUUCUGAUGGAACUCAUACUAUUCUCUACUUUGGUGAAGAUGUGUACCUCUCGAAGCGCAACUUGGUAUUCUCAUAUAUGAACUUUCUGAGAGUGUUGGACUUAUCAUUAAUAAAAUGUUGGCAUGGCGCGCCUAGUGAAAUUGUGGAGUUAGUUCAUCUGAGAUACUUGGCUUUGACGACUGUGGGCUCUCUUGACAAAUUUUAA